GGGAAUCGAGCGCACAAGUUUCCUGAAGUGGAGUUCAGCUACACAAAGCGAAAACGCAUCUGGUCUUUUAAGAGAAGAGACUUCAGAGAGGGAGGAAGAAUCGAAAACAGGAUCUAUCCCAGUCAGAGGUGGUGUUUGGUGUGUUACCUCCAAGUGAUCUGUGGCCUUCUCCCAGCACUGAAAAAUGAGUCUGAGUACCAGUGAGCUGGAGGACCUGUGGGAUUCGUGGGGGGAGCUCAACUUCUCCGAAACCUUUAGCAACAUAUCGAGUGUGGAUGCAAUGGUGUGUGCCACGGCGUUCAACCGCAGCACUCUGCUCUACUCCAUGUGUGUCCUCUACACUUUUAUCUUCAUCGUCGGUCUGGCUGCUAACGCUCUGGUCCUCUGGGUCAACAUCCGUGCGCAAAGAGACUCCAGCCCUCGCCAUGAGACACACAUGUACAUCGCCCAUCUCGCAGUCGCAGAUCUGUGUGUGUGUGCCACUCUGCCCGUGUGGGUGAGCUCGCUGGCCCAGCAUGGCCACUGGCCCUUCGGUGAGGUGGCGUGUAAACUCACGCACCUGCUCUUCUCCGUCAACCUCUUCAGCAGCAUCUUCUUCUUGGCCUGCAUGAGCGUGGACCGCUACCUAAGUGUGAUGCAGCACGGAGACAACGAGGGAGGCGCGCGCAGUAAGCUGAUCCGCCGCGGAGUGUGUGUAGGGGUGUGGCUUCUGGCUCUUGUGGCGUCCUUGCCAGACACCUACUUCCUACAUGCUGUGAAGUCAACACAUGGGGACACCAUGCUGUGCCGGCCUGUGUACCCAGGGGAAAACUCCAGGGAGUGGAUGGUGGGAGUGCAGCUGAGCUUCAUCCUGCUGGGCUUUGUUCUCCCCUUUCCUGUCAUUGCUGUGUUUUACGUCCUGCUAGCCAGCGCUUUCACCCGCUCCUCUACGUCUUCGUCAUCUUCCACAGUAGAGCAGGAGCGUCGUGUGAGCCGCAGGAUGAUCUUGGCCUACAUCGUUGUGUUCUUGGGCUGCUGGGGGCCCUACCACGCUGUCCUCCUGGCUGAUGCCCUGUCUCAGCUGGGCCUGGUGCCGCUGACCUGUGGCCUGGAAAAUGUGAUUUACGUGGCCUUACACCUCACCCAGUGCCUGUCCUUGCUCCACUGCUGUUUCAACCCCAUUCUCUACAACUUCAUCAACCGAAACUACCGCUAUGACCUCAUGAAGGCCUUCAUCUUCAAAUACUCCACAAGGACGGGCUUAGCACGCCUCAUUGAAGCUCCCAACAUGUCUGAGACUGAGUACUCUCCUGUAGCUGUAGAAAACCCACCACAGAUCUGAAACUCACAAAACACAAUGAGCAUUUCUUGAACACUGUUUCUAAAUCUAACUGACAAUAAUGCAAUAUAACGUUAUGUUACAACUGAUUUGUUUGUAUCAGAAUCUGAGAAAAACCAAAUGCAGAGUCUUUUUUUUUUUUUUUUUUACAGAAACCUGCUUGAUUUCCUGUAGAAAAGCUUGAAGACAUAAUAUCAACUUUAAUGGAUUGAUUAAAAGCACUUAGAAAGCAGUUUAAUUAUAACAGCUGAUACUGAAAUCAUAUGAAUAUUGUCACUCAUUUGUAAAACAGUGACUGUAAAUGUGUACAAUCAUUGCCUUUACCAUGUAUAGGAUUGUAUUGUGUGUGUAUGUUUGUGUGAGUGGUGUGCAUAUCUGUCGGGCAUUGACUAUUGAUAGUAUCAGCAGAGUAAUAUUGUCAAUCUUUUUGUAUCAAGUUGUAUUUAUAUACUUUUGAACUGUUUUGCCUCUUUCACAUUUUAAUGUAAAGUCUUGACACACUGAUGUCUGCUCAGUGCUUCACUUCAUACAAUGCUGCCUCAUCAUUUUAGUCGAGCCACUGAAUGGCUCAGCGUUGUAGUCCUGCUGUCUCAUUAUUAAUCGUAACCUCAUGUCACACCAGCUGAAUCCUUUAGACUAAUAAUAUAAAUCAAUUUUGAGUUGUUCCAUGCUACUAAGUUUUGUAAAUUAUCUUGUGAGUGUGUGUUCUGGGCACCAUUGUUGAGUUUUUUGGAAAUACACUUUGCAUUUUUACGUAAGUAGUUAAAUGAGAAAACAAUACCACUCUAAUGUCUGUACACUAAAUAUAAAGCUACAGCCAACAGCAGAUUAGCUUAGCUUUGGAAAGGUGGUAGGAAAAAUUCCACCUAGCAGCAUCUCCAAAUUCCACGUUAUGUUAUUUGUUUAAUUUCAUGGACAAUUAUGUGCUGAACUAUUGAUUAGCCAGGUGUGGUAACUUCCUGUUGUGAAGAUAACUGUAGUCUAGUUUUUUGUACAAAUUAAGCAAAUAAGUGUUAAUUACCGAGCUUUAGAGGUGCUGGUUGGUGGAUAUUUUUGCCUUCGGACAGAGUCUAGCUGUUUCCCCCUGGGUCUUUGCGCUAAGCUAAGCAAAGCAAAGGUGAGCUAGGCUAAUCUAAGCUAAUCACCUGCUGACUUUAGCUUCAUAUUUAGCGUACAGACAUAAGAGUGGUUUCAACCUUCUCAUCUAACUUUACGCGAGAAAGCAAGUAAGUGUAUUUCCCAAAAUGUCAAACUUUUGCUUUAAAAAAAGCCAAGAUGUUGCCCUGCUGUCCACACUGCAGAUCAUUAACUUAACAGUUUACUUUUGGUUGUAAAUAUUUCGAAACAUUGUCUGAAGGCUUCAGCUGGGACUACUGAGCUUCUAAUGUACAGUUUUACAUAAUAUACCGUGCUGUCUCUUUCUUUUUACAUCAGUGCUAAUAGUACAACAGAUACACAUAUCCAUGUAAUCCUGCUGCAUCAGCCCAUAGGCCACAGGUGGCUACAACUUUUAUGUCCAAGUAACAUGAACGGACAGCUUUACUCCUCUCAUGUAGACAGCAGCUGUGGCAUGUAACAGCCAAGUGUUUAUUAGGGACCAAAUAACAAACAUCACUGCAUUACCGUAGAGUUCUAUGUGUGUGACUGCAUACUAUAGCUUGACACCAAGAGAUGAGGUUUUAUGUGUUAUAAACAUAGAGUUUACUCACUGUCUGUUGUAGGAAACAACAUAUUCUUUUGAUAUGUUGACAUUGAGCACAUUGUUUCAUGUGAUGGGUUACAAGUGGGUGCUUUUACACUGAAAAUAUUUCAUGUUGAGAUUAGAGAAGACUGGAGACAUGAACAUGUGCCUACAAGAGCAGAGGCAUUCCUUUGGUAUUGUAAUGUGUAACAUGUGUUUUGCUAUAUAUUAAAUACAGAGAAAAUG